CCAUCCUUAUAACCGCUUAUAUUCCGUUAUUUUUCAUGAAUACCAUAUUUUCCAAGUGGGAUAUCUAUUUGACAUAAGUUUCAGCUACUGUUACAUUAUUUUAACCUUAUAUCCAGAGAAAAGUGAAGAGAAAUUGAUUUCGAAAUGUUACGGCGUUUGGGCGAAGAGAUUGAUAUAAUUACUUGUCCCUAUAAUGUGACACACCAAAUACUUCGUUGCCGUUUUCAAGUACACCUUGUACGGUGUCGAAGAUCUUAUCCAGAUGCUGAGGUCGUUGUGUGCCCCUUCGAUGUAACACAUCGAGUCAAUAAACAAGAACUAAAUUGGCACGUUAGCACGUGCCCAAGUCGUCAAUCAUUCGAACUGUUCAAAUUCAACGAAAAUCUCCCAGGAUUGACUUCUUCCGUGUGUUCUUCAUUUGAUGACGAAAAAUCACAAGAUUCUACAUGGGAAACUGCAACUACUUCAUUUCAAUUAGAAACAUCACAAAAUUGGGACGAUUUACCAAUGGUGCCAUCAUAUGAUCCUAGGGCAUACGUUGAAAAAUCAAAUGUAUUGCGUACGCCGGUUGGAAUGCUACCAUCGCAGCGGGCUGCUUUUCGCAAUGCUGAACGCAAGCGACUACAGAAUUUGUAAAGUCUGUAAUUAAAUCCUAUAUUCUUCUCAAUGUAGAGUUUAAGUUAUGAUCUCUUAAUAAAUAUAAACUGAAUUUUCUUUAUUUCAAAUUAA